GAUGCUCUUGACAUGGUAUUGGACCCUUUAGUUUCACCAAAAGAUCUUCAACCUUGGCAACACCGCUUUAUUGUGCAAGCCUUACUAUCACAAGGUCAACACACAAAGGCUCUUGAAUAUUUCACUGUCAGGCAACUGCCUGUUCAGGGUAUUGAAGACAUUCAGUUGAAAAUAACGUUAUUAGUAAUGAACAAACAAGUAACACAGGCAUAUAAUUUUCUACAACAAUAUCAUAAUGAAGAAAACAACAAAGAGCUUUUGGUACAUUUUUAUCGAGAAUGUGGAAAAGCUCAACAAUUGGGGACGGUUUUAAAAUUGAUGCUUUCACCUGGAGAAGAAGAUUUGUUAAUGAACUAUUUGCAAAGCUGUAAUAUUUCACAAUCGGAAGAUAUGCAAGUUGUUUUCUACUUAAUGCGUUCUAGAGUUAUAGAAGCUGUUGCAGUGAAUGAAAGAAUAAACUUUUCUGGAAUUCGCAAAAUAGGGUCCCGACGUCCACGUAAUGAAACAGUGCGUGAUAUGCUGGUUGGAGGUUAUGCUAAGACAUUGCCCAGUGUUACGCGGCAGUUAGCAAAUUACUGCUCUCAACAGAAGAAAUUGCUUUCUAAUUGGAGACAGGUGCAACGACCUUCUCCUAUGUCAGUUGAUGUAAAUUAUGGGACUAAACAAGCAGUGUCAUAUAAAUCUUCCCUAAUUCAUGCUACCCUGGAGAAAGCUCGUGAGACAUGGAUGAUGCCAGUUCAUUCCCCAUUCAAUUCAGAAGCAAGGAAAGAAAUCAUGGACGUUUCAGCCAUGCAGAAUUUACCGUUUUUGUGCACCUCACAUGAUUCUUUUAGGCAUGACAGAGAAACUACUCCAGUAGUUUUCCCUUCUGUGACCAGUUCAAUCAAGAGGCGUAUAGACGAUGAUGGUGGUAUACCAGCGUCUUCUCCCUUGAAGAGGUCUCGUUUGGAAAAUAGUUCUCCGGUGGAUAAUUUCUUUCCAAAAACCAAGAAGAGUGUACAUGACCAUUCAGUCAGUAGUUCUGGUUUAUUGAAAACCCCUCUUGUGAAGAGAGUUACACCCAUGAAACAAUUCAGUGCCUCCUCCACUCAAGAGAUUAAUGUUUUAAGACCAUUUGCAGAAACUUUUACCCCCCAAUCUAUUCUUAAGGUACGCAAUUUGGUGCGAAGUUCUGUUUCUCCUGAACAUUCUAGAGGACAUGAAGAUGAUUUAUUGUCUAGAGAACACUCUAAAGUGAAACAUAAUGAAGAGAAAGUAUGCUCUCGACAGAUUCGUUUUAGUCUUCCUGUGUCAAAUGAAGUUCAAGAACAACCUCUGUCAAGCUCAACUCCUGAUAUUUCAGAGAAAAUCAAAACACCGAAACGUAUUGUAGAUGCAACUUCAAGGUUACCACUUCGAAGUUCAUUGUCCUUAUUACAAAAAACAGUUGUUGAGGUUUCUCAGAAAAUAUCAUGUGAUGAUGUUUCUGAAAAGAAAUCUCAGAGGUUGGGAAGUCCUGCAAAAAAGAUGGUUUCUGAAGAGGAUGUCUAUGUAUUUGGAUCCGGAAAUUCACUUAUUGAAAAUUCUAAUUCUGAAUUGGAUGGUGAAGUAAUGAACGACCGUGUUUGCAUGUUGAAUGAAAGCCUGGGGGAGGAAUCCUUUUAUAGUGCAACGAGUAGUGACUCUGGAACAUCAAAAGAUAGUUCUAAUAUCAAUUCAUGUAAUGUUGAAUCUUCACCUCUAUACAAUCGUGGAAAAUACAUUCGUGAAAUAAAAGAAAUAAAGCCUCGAAGACGACUCUCUCGGGUAAAGGUCAGUUUUCAAGAUAAUUUAUCUGACAAUGGCAAACAAAACGAAAGAAUGAAAUAUUCUCCACAAGAUGCUGAGCAAGGUACCAAAUUUAAGAGUAACUUUUCACAUAAGGAUUCUGUAUCAGAAAUCAAAAUGAAAACUCAAAGAUCUAAAGUUGAUAAUGAUGAAGAUGUUGAUAGCAGUGUAAGUGAAGACAGUGAAGAAAAUAGUAACAUAAGCUGUGUGGCCUCAAAGAAAAGUAUUUUAGGUGAUACUUGCAUAAAUAUUAGUAGCAGCAGUAGUAGCACAAAUGCAUCAGCUUCCAGUUAUAAUAUUGAAGAAAGUGAUUAUUCAUUUGUUAAUAAUACUCCAGAAGUGAGAGUUGAAACACCCCAACAAAGUGAAGUAAGUUCUAUUGGAAAAAUUCAGCAAGUAAAGGGUCGACUACCUCUUACCAGAGUAAGAAAAUCAAGUAAUCAUGAAAGCUCUAGUUUUAUUUUUCAAACAGUUAAGUCUAGUUCUUUGGAGACUACAAAAAUUAUUGAAAAAGAUGUCCUCACAGAUGAUACAAAAAUUGAAAUUGAUUUAGAAACAGAAGGAAAAGAGGGACCUGUGGAUGUUGAAGAUGACAGUAUCAACAUUAGUGAUGACAAGAGCAGUGUGGACAGUGUAGUGUUAGAUGAUACAGAUGUAGAAAUUGUCGAAGAACCCAAAGGUAAAGGAUCCAGUUCAUGCUCUUCUGUAGAAAGUGAAGCGCUAGUAAUAUCAGAUUCUACAGAUAUAAAAAGUCAAAAAACAUUUCAAGAAGAAUUGGAUGUUUGUUUUAGUAACAUUUCUAGAAAUACUACGCAAGGAUGCUACCAACAGGAAAAUAAAUGUGAAGAUUUUGUUCAAAAAGAUCAAGACGAUAGUGGCAACCAGGAAAAUAAAUGUGAAGAUGUUGGUGAAAAAGAUCAAGACGAUAGUGGCAAAAUAUAUGCUUCUUUCACAACAGUCAUAACGCAACAGUCCUCCUACCAGGAAAUGUUGCCUCACCAUCAAGAUGUAAACCAAGGAGUUUCUGUUCUUCAUAAUUCCAGUGAAGGUCAUGGAAACUUGUCAACUGUAAUUUUAGUGGAACAUCAAAUUGAUCCAAUGGGUGUGAUUUACACAAGAACUGCCACAAAUGUGCAAGAGUCUGAUGAAACAUUUGUAGGAAUGGAAAAUGGAUGUACAGUUGGUAAUCAGUGUGUUGAUUUUGCAAAAGGUAUUGAGAAGAGACGGGCAGAGGAUAAUACAAAUUUGAUGGAACAAGAUUUUUUUACAGCAGGUGAUACCUUAGCUACAGUUGAAGACAAAAAUGUAUCAGAGAAGGAUAAUUUACAACACUCAAUUAUGAGUCACGAAUCAAAAAAUGCACUGAAAGGUUCAUAUAAUGAAGAUGUUUCCAAACCUACCAAAAAUAUGGAAUAUUCAUAUGGAGGUGCAGUUGAGAGUGAUGUUUUGGAUUCUGAAUGUAUUGAGGAGCCUGUGAAGGGGCAAGAUAUAGGUGAAGUAGACCAGGAAACUUGUAUGUUGAAACAAUCUUCCAUGGGGAAAAAAUGUGAAAGUCAAAGAGAAAGUAAUAAGAAUAAUGCUUACUCUGAAGCCAUGGAUUGGAAUGAAAAUGCUGAUGAAGAAGAUAUAGUUUUGAAACUUUCAGACAGUGAAAAUGAUGUGAGCCAAUGUGACAGGGAAGGAAUUGAAGACCAGGCACUAACAACAGAAGGACAUCAAGUAUUGCUACAGACAACUAUAAAAACUGAGAAUCAGUUAGAAAAAGCACUUACUUCAGACCAUACCACACUUGAAACAGAAAUGCCAGUGAGCUUGGCACAAAAUGUUGAAUUUGAAGGUAGCACACACGUUGAUGACAGUCAUUCUAUGUCAAACAUUCCCUCCACUGAUCAUUCAGUUGGCUCUAAAAUUGUUAAUCUAACGGCCCAAUCUCAGGUUGAUAAAUAUAAAAACUGGGAUUGUAGUGUGGAAAGUCAGCAAUUGCAACAUUCAAAUGAAGUAGAAAUAACAUCAGUUGUGGGAGUUCAGUCUUCCAUGGAUGGUGUUGCCCUACCAGAUGUUACAAUGUCAGAAAAUCAGGAAUCAAAACUGAAUUCUGAAACCUUGGAAGAUCACUAUUCUUUGAGAUCCCAUCAAAGGAGUCGAAAAAGUUCUGUUGAGAAUGUGCCUUCUCGAAUGGCUAAUAUGUUAGAGACUGUCCAUCAAGGUAAGGAAAUUUCACAAAAAUAUUCUGAAAAAAUGAGACCUAGAACACGAAGAAGAUCUCUUCAAAUUGAAUCUUCUGAAGGAGAAGCUGAAACAUUAGAAAAUAAAAAUGAAACUGUAUUAGAAGAAUCAUAUUCAAGUCUAACAGUCAGCAAGUCUAGGCAUAGAAGGAAGUCAAGCUCUGUUCAGAGUGAACCUCCCCUAAUGGCUGAUGUGUUAGAAGAUAAAUAUCAGAAAAAGGAAAUUUCACAACCUUCAGACAAUAUUAGGUCUAGAACACGAAGGAGUUCUCUUCCAGUUGAAUCCUUUGGAAUGAGUGAUAAGUUUGCCAGUCCAAGAAAAAACGAGGUUACUGAAUUAGAGGAAAUGUCUACUCCCAACACCAGAAGAAGAAGAAAACUGUUUAGUACCAUUUUAAAUGAACCCACUCAAAUGGCUGAUGUAUCUGAAAUAGAACAUCGAAUCAAAGACCAAGAUACUGAAGCUCAACAAACAGGUAGUGGAGUUGCUACGGAUUUUAAAACGGAAGCUCAUAGUAUGGAUGAUGUGCAUGCCUCCAAAACUAGAAGACAAUGGUCAAAAUCUGUUCAAAGUGAACUUUUGCAAGUUACUGAAGGGAGCAGUGUCAAAGAUAUAAAUGAGUGUGUCCAAGAACAUUCUGAACAUAUAGUCAAACAAAGUUCUCUUCAAAUGGAACCUGCAGUUGAAAGUAAAGAUAUGAUUGAAGCUGUGAAUGAAAUUUCUACUCCAAGAAGUAGACUACGUCCUCAGUCAAGUUCAGUCCAGCGUGAGCCUUCUCAAACGUUUGAAGCUUCAGUGAAAGAAGGGGAAACUGUCAAUCAAAGGAAUCUUAAGGAUCCAGAAUUGUUGAAAUCAAGAAGACUGCGGAACUCUGCACAGAAUGAAAAUAGUGAAAUGGACAGUGGGUUGUCAGAAAACAAAGGUUUUGAAAUAUCUGCGGGAAACUUGACUCCUGUAACCAGGAAAAGCUGUCAAUCAAAUUCUGAAGCUGAAAUGCCUUUAGGAAAAGGAGAGCAAGCUCAGAAACCUGAAAAUGAGAAAUCAUUUCAUAAAGAGUAUAAAAGUUUACAUGAUUUGUCUUUGUCAAAUACUUCUAUUGCAGAAAAUGUCCCAUUGGUUGUGAAGCCCACGGAAGAUCCGCAACCAUCCACAUCAUUUGUACCUGUGGUAGAAGAAAUUAGAAUGAAUCUUAGAUCUCGUAGAGCAUGUUCAGUGGAUCGUGAAAUUCCAAAUACAAGAAGCAAAAAAAAAAAUGUGAAUAGUGGAAAUUCCUCUGAUUCAGAUGACUGCUCAGUUCAGAGUGAGCCUCCACAAUUAUGUGAUGUUACCAAAAUUAAGCAAUUAAGAAAUUCAAAGUCCAGGAGAGGAUUAUCAAAGAAGAAAAGUAGAAAGUCUUCAUAUGUGUUACGGAUUCCAGCUCCCAAACUUCCAUGUGUUAAAGAAGAACCAGAGAUGGAGUCAUGUGUAGGUGACGAUCAAGAAAUUAGCCAACAUUCCAAAUCAGAAAAUUUACCCACAUCUGUGAGGAAUUUAAGGCCAAGAAAACAUUCUGAAUCAGGAGAUAGUCAAACAAGUUCAUUGGGCAAGAGUCGAGUAUUACGUAAUAGUCACAGUGAUGAUAGAGUAGAUUCACCUGUCUCGAUUAGUAGUAGAUCGACUGUUAUUCUUGAUAUGUCCCAUAAAAGAAAGAGAAGCUCUUCUCCUUCAAGUCCUGAAAGGCUGGAAGUGAGGAAAUUUCAAAGAGUUAAUGAGGAUAUUGCAGAGGAAAAUGAUGCUGUUGAAACAACUGAGGAAAUCAGAGAAGAGGGAAAAGCUCAGAAUAUAAAUCCACAUGAAAUUGAGCAAUAUGCAACUGCUCGACGGUUAACUCGAUAUCAGAAAAAUCUUAUGGAGCGUAGUAUGGAAUCAACCAAAGCAGUUCGACGGGAAUUCCAUGGCAGUCAGCUUUCUUCAGACCAAAGUGGGGAAGAGAGUGAUGGAGAAUCAGUAGCUUCAGGAUACACAACUGGAAGCUCUCAUGUUCGCUCAUCAGCACGCUUGCAGGAAAAGAGACAAAUGAUGGAUAGAUCACCUUCUCAAUCAUCAAAGGCUUCAUAUUCACCUCAGAAACGAUCAUCACGGCAUUCCUCACCUGCACAUUCUCUGGAGAAACGUGGUGGAGGAAGUCCUGCUUCAGUUCGCUCAGGAAGGUCCACUAGUUAUGCUAGUUCAGCUAGUAGUUCCCAAUGGCCUUCACCAGAUUCAGCUCAAAUACAAAGCCCACUGAAGCCAAGGAGAAAAUCUUUCCAAAAUGCACAGCAUGCUUUAUUUUCUCCUUCUACCAAGAAACAUUCUUCAUUGAAAACUCCUGUUACAACAACAGAUACUUCUGAAGCCGAAUCUAUUGGUGAAUUUUGUGAAAGGAAUUUCAAUGAGAAACCAAUACAGAAGGAUGAAACUACAAGUGAAACUGCAAGUGUGAAGGGUCUUGCUUCAGCAACCUUAUCAGUGAGCAGAAACACUCGCUCAACUGCAAAGUAUGAAACAGAGCAAUCGUCCAAAAUCAGGAAAUCCAAAGGUAGAUCAAGUCAAGCCAAUGUGCACCCAAAGAAGGGAGUGAGACUCUUUAAAGAGGCUAGAUUAGGUCUCUCCUCUUCUUCAGAAGAUAGUCCAACAAAGGAUGCUAAAUCACAGGAAGAAGCAGCCAUGUCAGCAAAAACUCAAGAAACCAAGAAAGCCGUAGAGAAGCCAGCUCGUUUUUCUGUGUUCAGAAAACGCAAAUAUGUUAAGAUUUACUCUAAACAAAGAAAAACACCAUAAAGCUUGUUUUUAUGUAAUAUAUUUUCAAUUAAUGACACUUAAGUCUUGUUACUUAUUUUUUAUAUAAUUAGUUGUUUACAUUGCAUUAUAGCAACAUCAUAACAACAGACAAGAAAUGAAAAAAUAAAAUGUAAUGAGAAGCCAAAAUUGUGAACUGUCAUUCACAAUCAGCAAAGGAUAUCAAAGUGCCAAGAGUCUGAAUGGGACCACUAUCCAUUCUACAUGAAACUUAUUUACUUCACAAAAUUUCUUAUCAAGCUAAAACUUACUGCUGUUUCAAAGCAAAUGUAUAAAAACUACCACUUAAUAUAAACCCAACGGAACAAUAACAUUGAAAUUAUGAUAAUUCAUUCAUUCCAUAAUACCAUUGCAAGAAGCAUUUGUUUUCCAUAUUUUGUUACUGAGCACACCCAACUAUGCACAACGUUAACAAGAAUUCAUUGACCUGUAAAAAGAAAUAUCCAAUUAAUUUACUUUCAUUUGGUGAACUCUCAUAGUUCUCUUGAAAUGAUGCCAACUUCCAAAUGUUCCAAUUCUUCAUACACUUAUAAACAAAAAAAAAUGUAAGCUGCACAUUUAUUAUCUAUAAAACAACUAUUUCUGGAAUAUAUCUUAACUUUUUCAGAAAUAUCUCAGUCGAAAAAAAUGUGGUAGUCUUAUAUUUGCAGAUUAAGCCUAGUCGGUUAGGAUUUGUUUUUACAUUGCCAUUCCGUGUCACAAAACUCAUAAAUGUCGACUUUAGAAUAAACCGCGAAGACUGGAAAAAUAUCGCACUGCAAUGUAUUCUCUCAGAUUUAUAAUACGUAAUUAUACACGUGACCAUCUUCAGCAAACAUGGAAUUUCAAUUGCAGAAAAAAUUCUGGGGAAAAAGGUAAUCACGUUCAAAAAAUGUAUUGUUGCUGAAGAAUUUGAGUUAACAAUUAUUUCAAACUGAUGUAAUUAAUUUUGAUAAUAAAACUGUAUAAGAAAUUUUAUUAA